UUGAGCUGACGAUGUGAACAUCCGUUGUAUCUACUAUGCUAACAGCCUGUUUCCAUCUGUGGAAGAGUUUUUGUAAAGGGAAUAUAUCAAAAUCUAGCUGCCAAGAGAGGUUUAGCGCUCCGUGAGAGAUAUCUCACGUGGUCAACAAAGCGAAAAGGUGGUGAGGCAAAGAGCUUUAUAAAAUGGCACAAUACACUUUCCAAGAGCAGUUGGUGUCCAUCAUGGAGAUACUGGCUAAAGCAGCCGUUGCAGAAAUUAACAGACGUGUGGACGACAGCUGUGCAGUGCUUCGUCUUGAGUUGUCCCGAAGCCAAAAAGAUAUUGACACCUUGAAAAGGAAAUGUCAAGUGAUAGAGAAUGAAUUGAGAAAGGCGCGCGGAAGAGGGAGAAAGAAAGUGUUCAUUUGUGGGACUUCUGAGAAGCUAUCUAUGCCUUUCCAGAGUGUGUGUUCCAGAGGAACUGGUGCAGAUGUGCGCAGAGCUGAACAGACUGUUACUCUACAAGAGACAGAUACUGAACCGUCUAUACAACAUACUAUCCAAAUUCUUGAGGACGGAUCUGAGGCCCCAAUCAUCAAAGAGGAGGGAACUGAAAAUGAGUCAUGGAGUAUUGGAGAAGAAACGGGACCGUUUCCUUUUGAGCAUGGGGACAGUGUGCCAUGUGAUCCAGCUCAGGAGACACCUGAAGCUCAGAAUCAGCUUCCUGAAGGCCUGGACCCACCAAGCACACACUUCACACGCAUCCAGUCUUCAGUGGAACUCGUUAAGGGUGAUGAGGAGGGUCCGAGUAGGUUCAGACUGCAGGUGAAAGCUGAGAAGGAGGAAGAGGAAGACGGGGAAAGGCAGGGAGUCGUACCAGGUGGGGUGGAACAGAGAGAUGGAGAGAUGGAUCACCUGGAGUUCACUCUAGAGGAGCGAGACGCCCAACUGUGGCAUCCUGUCUCUGAAGAGCCGAUAUCCGGUGAAGCUGAGCAGACUGACAAGUCCUUCUCCUCUGCUCAACUCUCACGUGAUUUGUCAGUGUUUCACCAGCGCGUGGAUUCGGCUGUGGAACAGUCCGGAAGUGCCGCACUUCCUUCAGAGAAUACCCCGAUCGAGCUGUAUGGGGUACAUGAGCAGUCACAGGCACCCUGGUGCAGGGAGAGGAGAGCGCCACCGGACCACACGGUUCGUAGGCUGAGGCACGAAGGUUUGCCCCCAGGGGCUACGCAGCCGAGCACCCUGCAGCCGCACCACAGGACUCCGGGCAGGCCUGGCGACGUCACAGCUGGAGCGGAGACGUCCUCCCAGACAGGCUCCGGCCAAUGUCUGAGCUACAGUCGCGGUGGGCUCGGCACUGUCCGCCGGCUGCGCGCACACUGGCGUGUGAGCGCUGCUGGCGAGCGACGGUUCAGCUGCUCAUUCUGCGAGAGGCGCUUUGUGCGUUUCGGUCAGCUGAAGGAACACCUGCGUAGCCACACAGGUGAGAGACCGUAUACCUGCGCCCAGUGCGGACGCAGCUUCACUAAGCAGGGGAAUCUUAUCCGGCACGCCGUGGUGCACAGUGGUGAGAAACCCUACCAGUGUUCCCUCUGUGGGAAGUGCUUCACCCAGCGUUCCAGCCUGAAAUCCCACCAGAAAACGCAUACACCAGAGAGGGAUGGCAUUCUGCAGGGGAUGCCUGUGUACCAGUCAGUCAGAGACUCGCACGGUGGCCUAUCAGUAACUCCGACCAGGGGUUUUCUAUAGUGACAACACCCAUUUGCAAAUUAUGUCUAUAACUUGUAGCAUAUGUCUUUGCAUUUUGCAAAUGCAAAAUAGUUAUGAAAUGAUCAUGGGAGUGUAAAGGGUCCAGAAUGUGUAAAUUCUGAAAGGUUUUUGAUGUAUGUUUUAUUUCUCUUUAAUGUCUUCUAAUACUGAGGAGUCAUGCCUGUCUGCAUACUUUUAACAGUUUUGUGCUUAGUGUGUAAAAUAAUUUAUUAUAAUUUAUAAAAUUUGUUUUAUUUUAGAUUUAGACUGUAGCUUUCCUCUAGUUUUUCCUUGGAUUAAAAUUCUUUGAUUUAGAAUAAUAAAAACAAAGAUGUAUCUAAAA